CGCACAUGACGCACGCUUCACCCACAAUCCCUCGCGCGGUCGCAACAUGGCAGACGAGCAGACGCAGGAGCUGCAGUCCGCAGCUGCACAAAAGCAGAUUUUACCAAACGGAGACUCUCACCUUCUCAAAGAAGACACGGAUCCCGUUGACGAGACCGGGAAGAAAAAGAAAAAGAAGAAGAAGAAGGGAAAAGCGGGAGCCGUAGGAAACCAUGAGGGUGAAGGAGAGUCUGAAAUCAGCAAAGUGGCAAAUCAACUGGAGCGACAAACUUUAGAAGACCAAGAGAAAGAUGAUGAGCCAGAGGAAGAUGGCGAGGAAGGAGAUUCAACUGGAAAGAAGAAGAAGAAGAAGAAGAAAAAGAAAGGACCCAAAGUUCAAACAGAUCCUCCAUCUAUCCCCAUCUGUGAGCUUUACGCCAAUGGAGUUUAUGCCAAGGGCCAGGAAUGUGAAUAUCCACCGACGCAAGAUGGACGUACUGCUGCAUGGCGGAUGACCAACGAGGAGAAGAAGUUUUUGGAUCAGGCUAAUGAGGAGAUGUGGAGUGACUUCAGACAGGCGGCCGAGGCCCACCGGCAGGUCAGAAAAUACGUCAUGAGCUGGAUCAAACCGGGCCUGACCAUGAUCGAGAUCUGUGAGAAACUAGAGGAUUGCUCUAGGAAGUUGAUCAAGGAAAAUGGUCUGAACGCUGGUUUGGCUUUUCCGACUGGCUGCUCGCUAAACCACUGCGCUGCUCACUACACUCCUAAUGCAGGAGACCCCACCGUUCUCCAGUACGAUGAUGUCUGCAAGAUCGACUUCGGCACGCACAUUAACGGUCGAAUCAUUGACUGUGCCUUUACUGUCACCUUUAACCCAAAGUACGACAAACUGCUGGAAGCCGUUAAAGAUGCUACAAAUACUGGAAUUAAGUGUGCAGGUAUUGAUGUUCGUUUGUGUGACAUUGGAGAAUCAAUUCAAGAGGUUAUGGAGUCCUACGAAGUGGAACUCGAUGGAAAAACAUAUCAAGUGAAACCGAUUCGAAAUCUCAAUGGCCACUCUAUUGGACAGUACAGAAUACACGCAGGCAAGACGGUGCCCAUAGUGAAAGGAGGUGAAGCCACUAGGAUGGAGGAAGGAGAGGUUUAUGCUAUCGAGACCUUCGGCAGCACUGGGAAAGGCAUGGUGCACGAUGACAUGGAGUGUUCCCAUUACAUGAAAAACUUUGAAGUUGGCCAUGUGCCAAUAAGACUCCCCAGAGCCAAGCACUUGUUGAACGUGGUCAAUGAGAACUUUGGCACUCUUGCCUUCUGCCGCCGCUGGUUGGAUCGCCUCGGCGAGACCAAGUAUUUAAUGGCACUGAAGAACCUCUGCGACCUGGGCAUCAUCGACCCCUACCCGCCUCUGUGCGACACCAAAGGCUGCUACACGGCCCAGUUUGAACACACUAUCCUGCUGAGACCCACCUGCAAGGAGGUGGUCAGCCGAGGAGACGAUUACUAGGCCUCCACGACACCGGUUUUUAUAAAUCUCUCCUCUGCUUUCAUAACACAUGAGUAUUUUGAUGGCUAAAGGCCUGAGUAAGUUAAUGAGCUGUGCCUUCUCAUUUUUAACAAGCUAGUAAUUGUUUGUAUAAAGGAUGAAUGGAGGUAAAGAUGUCCUCUUGUUGAACCACGGUGUAACUCGCUGACACAGAUGUGUACAUACCCCCCCCACUUGUAAAGUGCUCUAGAACCAUUUUUGUAAAUGUCCGGUGCACUUUUCUUGAUCGAUAUGAGCAACCCAGAGAAAUGUGGAUUCAAAAGCACAUUUUUAGAUCAUCUGGAUUAGCUGUGUUACAUACAAAGCUUUAUUAACUCCUGCCCUAAGAGAAAUUAGGAAACGUUUUGAUCAUUUUUUUGUUUUAAUCAAGUGCUGUUUCUCCUUUUCAGUUUGUAACUUUUGAUUCAGUUACACAUUUAAGCUGAAAAAUACUAGGAGACAUUACAGGUGGGGUUUGGCUGUAUUCUUUAGCUGAAGAACAGACUUACGCAACAUAGACACCCAUAAUAAAAUACUCAUUCAAACACACACUUUCCUCCAAGAGCGGGCACUCGUAACAAAAGUGGCGAUGUUGAUAUGUAAGCAUCUAUAUUUUGGCUAUGCUUGAUUUCAGGUAAAGCCUGUUUGAAAUCAACCACCUUUCUCAGAAUAAAGCACGUGUGGCGUUUUAUUUUGAAGUGCAAAUAAAAUUUAUAAGAAAUUAUGUGAUCUGCAAGUUGUUUCAUGUUCUUUGUCUCA